CUUUGGUUCCGUGAUUAUUCCAGCAGGAUCUGUCGUGUAAGCUUAACCUACAUUGUUGCGCACUCCAAAUAUGGGUUGCAUGCUUCUAUUAAUAACAGCUUUCUUCUGUGGCAAAUGUGUAUUUGCUGAGACAGAAGGAAAUUGUCUUGAAAGAUAUCCCUUGGUUGGAUUGAAGAAAUUCGAGAAGUACAAGUUAGUGGACGCGAAGCCUCUCCAAACGGUAAAGCUGGACUGCCAUUUCUGUAAGGAAAGCGAUGAUAGGCUGCCAAAAGUGUGGUACCGGCAGGACAUGCUGCUCACGAAGGCUCCUGCGGAGGUACAGCUUGACACGGCGAAACAUCCUCGAGUGCGUGUCACGCCAGACCACAGUCUAAUAAUGCGCAAGGUGACCGACGCUGAUGCUGGGGUAUACCAAUGCCUUGACUUCAGAUUCCUGUUAGAAGUGGUGAACAGCACUGUGGACCUCAUCGUAGGAAACCUAGCUGACUGGCAACGGUACCGCAACUCAAGACUGCUACCCGUCUACAAUUCGCUUCAGCAUUUGGAUACUGGAGAGCAGUUCUUCGUGUUUACAGAGUGGGAAGCAUGGGGACCAUGUGUGGCUUGCAAUAGGAUCCAGGGAGAGCGCAGACGACUGGGCAGGUGUCGGCUCAAGCCAAACAGGGAGAUGAGUUCAGUCCACGAUAUUGGACCAGAAGCUGAGAAGCAGCACCUGAUAAACAAUGUGUAUGAGCUAUCAUGUCGCUCUAAGCUGUUGGCCAAAGUCUUUCCCAACAUCAGUGCAGUCACUAGCAUGGUACCAGAAUUCAUACACGCUGAAGCAUGCAUGGGAAAUUGCACAAAAGAUGCCGAAAGCCAGAGGUUUAAGGGCAAGCAGCUGCAUUACAAAAGACAAUAUACAGUGGCUGAAGGCUCAAAUCUCACCCUCGUCUGUCCAAAGGCAACUCCAAAGGAUGUGGUGACAUGGCUCAAAAAUGGUGCUGUGGUCACGUCUGGAUCGGCAGAAGACGAGCCACAUGUCGCGGUACACAAGUUCAACAUUCUGAACGUGACAAAUGUCACGCAGGCAGAGAGUGGUAACUACACGUGCUUUGUGGGCGAAAUACACGUUCUGGAUGUCACGGUAAAUGUGGUACCACGGACAAAGUUGUACACACAAGGACUGCAGCACUACAUGCCACACCUGGCCUUCAUCAUCUUGCUAUGCUUCACCAGCUACUGUGUGGGCCUGAUCGUGGCAUGGAUACAGAGACGUCGCUUCGUGGGGUACCAGAACAUCCCUAAUGACAUCAACUGAAACAACUAGCGAGCUACAACACGACAUGAUAAUAUUCACAUCUGUUACUGGAACUUUAAAUGUCCGUCCUACAACCAGUUAGACAAAUUUGUGCCUCUAUACCCCAAAUUUAUUGCAGGGAGAAAAAAAAAACAUUUCUUUUGGACAAUUUUGAUAAAUUUAAUUAAUUGUAAUGUUGAAAAUACGGUAUUAUUUACUAAAAAUACAGUUGUUACUUGAAAGUUA